CCAGGAACCCGUCAGGAAGAAGAAAAACAAAACAAACCCGAGAGAGAAUUGUAACAGCGUGUGGACUCCAUUGAAAAGAGGACCUUAUUAUCUCCAACAGGGGAACAUACGCGAGGUCCGACACGAAGCAAGAUGUAUGCGUGGGCGUCCUAAAAUCAAAGCAUACAGAGAACCACAGCAGAUCUGAAGAGACCAGACGAGGCAGAGCCCAAAUACUGACACCCCCAUCUCCCCUCCCCCCACCCCCCCAGCCUUACAGGCUGUAUCCACCAGAUCUUCUCUUUUAGCAGUAAUUCUUUGUGCUGAUCUGACAACUUCGGACCACUGGGACUGGACAGAAGGCCCCAGUGAUCCACCCAGCUGGAGCUCUAAGCUUUUCCUGAUAAUGCCUCUGCCCAGCAUCAUUGGGAUGGAGCCUCCCUUUGCCGACGCCUUUCAGAACUACUCUUUUGCUGACCAGGCCCUCACCAGCACUGACCUGCUCGCUACCAACUCUGACCCAGAUUUCAUGUAUGAAUUGGACAGAGACAUUACCCACCGGCAGAGCCCCUUAGGGGACAGCAUUGUGGGAGUCGGGGAUGGAGGCAAGGAGACGGAGAGCUGUGUGGAUCAACUCAUGGGUAUGAGCGAGAGUGAGACGGUCCAUAGCAGCUCCGCGUUCGAACAGUGGGACUCCUACUGGGAGGACCUUACCAGAUACACACGGCUGGCCAGCUGUGACAUCUGGGGCACCAAAGAGGUGGAUUUCCUUGGAUUAGAUGACUUCUCUAGUCCCUACCAGGAUGAGGAAGUGAUUGGUCAAACCCCGACCCUGGCUCAGCUCAACAGCGAGGAUUCGCAACCUGUGUGUGAGGCACUCUACCCCCCUGCUGAUAUGACCCUGCAUGCCCCUCCGCUGUCCCAGCUUCCCUGUUACAGUAAGAGACCCCUGAUCCCUGGCCAAGGAUUUGGCCCCGGUUCUGCACGGUGCUCUCCAAGCUCCACAUCCUCUUCACGUUCUUCCCGCAGCUUUCUCCCAGACUUUCCUGAAAGCUCCCAAAAAGCCACCAGACCUGUCCCCUCCAGCACCGAGACUAUGUCCAAGACCCAGAGCCUCCUCAGUCUCACCAAGGACCACAGCCAAGCGCAAGCCAAGCACCUGGGGCGAGGAACCAAGAUGGCAGCCCCAACUUCUAUCGGCACUGACUUUGUGCGGAAGGCGAAAGUACGUGUGAGUGCUGUGCAUAAAACUCAGCUCCACAUGCCCUCCCAGAUGGAUAUUGAGAGGUCAGAUCCACCUCUACCUCUCUCCCAGCCCCAAGACGAGAAGGCCUGCACUUCAAUGAGCGCGACCUUGGUGGUAAUUCCUGCUGCUGCAGCCAGUGUCUCUCCCAGCCUGAUGAGCUACGAGAGGAGUGCAGAGGGGGCAGGGAGGAGGGAGAUACCUGUAGGUUGGUCUGCCACCGUGCCUCAAGUGGCUGAGGCGAGCCAGGCCCUGGAGGGCAGCACCUCGGAGCUGGUCAGUGGCGGAGAUAGUGUGGCGGGGGCUAGUGGCAGUGUUCUGACUGCCGAGGCCACUGAGAAGAGCAAGGAGGAAGAGCACAACUACUCUCUCUUCCUGACCCGCAGCAGACUGGCCGGCAGAGCCCACUCCCUGCUGGAAGAGGACGAGGAAGAGGAGGAGGAGGAGGAAGACGAGGAAGAGGCGGAGGAGGAGGAAGGCGAUGGGCUUGAGCUAGAUGACGAAGACCACGAUGAGGGUUUCGGCAGCGAGCAUGGGCUGUCUGAGAUGGAGGAGGAGGAGGAGGAGGAUGAUGAGGAGGAGGAGGAGGAGGAGGAGGAGGAGGAGGAUGAAGACUACGAAGCUGACAAGGACGACGACAUGAGUGACGCCUUCUCUGAGCCAGGCUGUGACAUGGAGCUGAUGGACGACAUUAAAGGUCUGACAGCAGGAGUCUCCAGCCGGAAGAGAGGCAAGCGUCGCUACUUCUGGGAGUACAGCGAGCAGCUCACCCCCUCCAAACAGGAACGUAUGCUCAAGCCGUCUGAGUGGGACAGACACACGCUGCCUAGCAACCUGUACCAGAAGAAUGGGCCUCUCCAUGGGAAGUAUAUGCUGAAGAAGUCUCGCCGCACAGACGUGGAAGACCUGACUCCCAAUCCACGCAAGCUGCUGCAGAUCGGCACCGAGCUCCGCAAACUGAACAAGGUGAUCAGCGAUUUGACCCCCGUUAGUGAGCUGCCGCUGACCGCACGACCACGGUCACGCAAGGAGAAGAACAAGCUGGCAUCCAGAGCUUGUCGUUUAAAGAAGAAGGCCCAGUAUGAAGCAAACAAGGUGAAGCUCUGGGGACUCAGCACAGAAUACGAUCGGCUGCUGUUUGUGAUCAAUGCCAUCAAGGAGGAGAUCGUUGCCCGAGUGGAGGACUCUACUCCACGUCUGACCAACAUGGCGGACACUCUGGAUCAUCUCAUCCAGGAGACGCUCGUGGCAUCACCUGUUGCUGGGGAUUCUUCAGACUUCGUCAACAAGAUCUUGGAGAACACGGGACGCGGGGAUCCCACCGGUGGACUAGUCGGACUGCGAGUCCCAACCUCCAAAAUCUAGACAAACCUUAGUCCACUGAGAGGAGUGUGCUAAAUAUUACCACCGUGCUGUCCCAUUGUAACUAUCUCCCCUCUGCAUGCCCCUCCAACCCAGAGUACAUACACAUUGUUAGUCACACAAACACACAUACCACUCCCUGUGUGUGUGUAUGUAUGUGUGCUUGUUCCAGCCAUGCACCUGUGUGGCAUACACCCUAGCUUACUGUCUCUGCACACUGCGCAGAGUCAGUGCGUCAUUGUCUCCCAACCCAUCGUAAGUGUCUGUUGGGAAAAGCGCCUCUAAAAGAAAGUGAUGGUUAGGUGUAUAGCUGAUGGCACGACCUAAAUCCACUGGUGAUUUUUAGAUGUGUUUAACAUAGUGUUGUGUAGGGUCGGAUCUGUCGGAGGUCCGCUUGCAGGGCUGACACGGAGACGGUCACACGAGUGAGACCACUGGAAUACUUUCACACAAAUUGUUUGAGGUUGUAAUGACAGAGGAAGAAUUGUUACAUGUCAGACACCAUCAAAGGUUGGAAAAAGUUCCAGUUAUCAUUUCCUCUAAGAGGCUCACCUUACAUGGCAACAAAUAUUAACUCCAGGAUGUUAAAUUGACCCACUCAUUAAAGUACUUUGGUAAAAACAGCUUUGGUUGCCAAGACAGCUGCAGAGAAAAAAAAGAAAAAGGAGCUUGCUCCGAGGCGUUUUCGGGGUGGCAGGAAUUAUUUUGUAUUGAAGGCCUAAAUAUGUUCAUGCCAUCCCCUGUUUGCCAAUCAGGUCUGCUGUUGUUAAAAUGUAGGAGUUAACUUUAAGCAAAAUUUAGCUUGAAACAAAAAAGCAGUUGAUGCUUAAAGUUAAAAUUUGACUUUAACAAUUAAGCGUUAGACAUCCUGCUGGCUUGACGUUCGCAGCAGGCAGGACGAAGCUUAAUGGCUCAUUUUGACUACGUUAACUUAAACAACAGGAGGUAGUUGACCACGUGGAGAGGAAGUGCAUGUAGUUUGGUGCUUUUUGGCCUUGUGCUGGCUAUAACUGGACUGGGCGAAAUGGACAUUUUGCCAGAAUGGGAGCGGACUGAGGAAGAUGGUGAGGAUGAUGAUGAUGAUAGUGAUCCAUCUCCUCUAGGAAACUGUACAUAAAAGAGUCUCCCAGUGCACCGGCUCCCCUUUUUGUACAGAGAUGACCAGGCUAACAGUUUGGUGUGUUCAUACUAGUGUUUGAUCAGAGUUCUAUUCAUUGUGCCUUGUGUAUGUAUGUGUGUGUUUCUGUAGUCUGAGUGAGUGUGUGAGACGGACUGAACGAGAAAGGGUGAUUGGUCAGAACUCCCUGAGGUCCAGCCAGGAGGGGACUACUUUACACUGAGGGCGAUUGUUAGUGAGUGCGAGGAGGGAGACAACUGUGGAGUUUGUCAAAUUUCAGUUGUCUAAAGAUAUUCUGAAUGUACAUAAAAAUAAGUGGAAGCUCUCGUUGCGUCAUGCCACAGAGUCUGUGUGUGUAUAGGAGAGCUCUGCAAUGGAUUACUUUUGGUUUUUGGUACUCUGUUUUGAGGGAUUGGGGGGGGGGGGGGGGGAGGGGGGGUUAACAGAUAUUUUCAUUUAGAGUUACAAAAAAUAUUUGCACACUAUAUUUUGAUUGUUUUUUGUACCAAAGACACAUGCAACGAAAUGGCGACCAGCCAGUUAAAGUAAGGUUUUGCACAGCUUACCUGACGCCGUAUUGAAUGUAAGAAAUGUGGGAGGGUCAGGGAACUUCAUAGAACUGUGAAAUUAGCUUGGGUCCAAUUCUGUACAGAAAAGGAACAUUCAUUCAUUUUUUUUAUCUGAAAAUUAACCCCAUCUAUGGGCUUCUCCAGUAGAUGUGUUGCUUACCAGGCACUUCAUUCCUGAACUGAUUCCUCCCUCCACAUGCUAAUUGUUUUAAUGGCGCUAUCUAGGACAGAAACCAAGAGCGCUAGUAGAUAAGCUAUGUUACGUUUUUGUUUUGACAAAAUGUCACCAACAAUAACCAAAAUGUUUUGUUCCUGUUGUCACUUGUUUGAUUUCUGUACGUAGACGAGGUUUAGUUCAUCAACAAAAUAUUAACUGAAUUGUGUUUUAAAGUACUGUAUAUAGAAACCUUAAUGCUAUAUCUAUCAAUGAUGAAAUGCCACUUUUCAUGACAAUUGAUUAAUUUUUAAGCAUGACACAUUUCUAAAAAGCCUAUCCUUGCAUCAAGAAAGUUAGAGGGAAAAAAACACAAAAACCAAAAAAAAUAAAGUUCUUGUUAUAUUUUUGUACUUUAGCUGCCUGUUAGCUUCCCUGUUUGGAAGUAUUUGUUGAGUGGGAAGAAGGAGAUGUGGAGGAAAAGAGGAGAACGAUCUUAAAGAGCAGCUAGAUGAUCUGAUAGUUUGAUAUAUAUAUAUAAACUGACAAUUGACGCCUUUGGUCUCCUUUGCUGGUUGAGGGAUGUACAGAGAAUUAUUCAAGACGCCGUGCAGCAGAGCAAUGGUCUAGUUUGAAUGAUAAAUAAAGAGAAUGAGGACAUGCUGUCCUUUGCCAGGACAGGGUCUUGUCCAGGAGAGCGAGAAACUCACAGGACAACAGUGUGGAGAUGUUAAAGCAGUCGCUGUAAGAAAGCCAAAGCCAUUUGAGUCUGUCCCAGAUUGAUCUGGAUUCAGCACUGUGCAUUGUCCAUUGUCAUUCAAAUUUUCACACGUAUUCCCUCUUUGGCCAUGAAAUUGAUUGGAUUUUACAUUUCCUGGGAUUGGCACAGCUGCCUUUUGAGGUCGCGUUGCUCAAUUUUAUCUGCCUGGCCUUGUCUACGGUCCUCAGCUCACGUCCUUCCUGACCGUUCACAGCAGCAAAGAAUAACUUUCGUCACCAAAACAGACGGGGGGUUACAAUAUCCGGGCCACAAAUUGGCAGCAUGUCCUACCUUUAGAAAAUGCAUGAUGCCUGUAUGCUUGCCUCCCUGCUGGCUCCCUGCUGCCUCCUCAGAGGAAAUGCCACCAUUCCCAGGAAUUAAAAAAUUCAAUCAGAGUCAUUCUGUUAGCGGGCGAAUACAAAUAAAUAAUACACAGGGAUAAAUUCAGGUUAGUUUGAGGGGAAAGUACUCCUUCACAGAAUGAACUCUGAUGUCUGAUGAUGGAGAUGCAGAGCUUUGGUCUUUCUGUAUCGUGUGAUUGAAUAACAGCUAGUGCUACAUAUAUAUAUUUUUUACUGAUUUCUGUUCCGUCUAAAAAGGGAGAAAUGGUGCUUUUUUAUGAAACUAGAAUGAUGAGUAUCCUCGACUCUUAUUUGACUUCUUAGUUUUAGUUGUAGCCUAAUGACUUGCUCUCCCGUCCAUAGCUAUUUUCUUAGUAGUGAUUCAUUUUUGUAAAUAGACUAUAAGUUAAAAUGUAUCUUCUAAAUGUUAGAUAUAUGUAUAGAAUACUCUAUCUUAUAUGUUUGAAAACAAAAGCACUUUGUCCAAAAAAGGAAAAAAACAAAAAAAACAAAAGAAAAAGAAAAAGCAUUUUUUUCUUCCAUUUGCUGCUAAAAGGCCUAGUGUGAAUGCUGCAAGUGUACUUGAUGACUACUUGCUAGGAUAAGUCUAUUACCUGACUUGGCUAGGUCUAUAAAUGAGCAGGGAAUAGGUGUAUGUCCUGACGAGGGUUAGGUCUACAUGUUUCUGAAGCCAUGUAAUGAUAUGAGUGUUGUAUGAGCGUGUAUCAUUGCUUGGCUUUGGGAAGCCCAGUCUCUUGACAGGAUAGGUCUAUUUCCUGGUCAGGAACCGUGUGGAUAGUGUGUUUGUGGUCUUAAAAAAAAAAAGAGGGUUUUGAUUCUAGGGCCCCUACUUUGAUCCUGAUGCUGACCCCUUGGUGUCAUGAUUAAUUUGCCUUCAGUAGAGGUUUCCUAUGGAAAAACUGAUUCUGCUUUGGCUUCCUCUUCAGGGUGAUGUACAGUGUAGACACAUUUCUCCAGAGAGCUAUAUUGUUAUCAUUUGUAAACUGAUUUCUACUUGUGACUUAAUGAGGAGGGGGUUUAGCCUAUGGCGGCCGGGAAGAGCCCGUAUGAAAGAUGUUGUUCUGGGCCGCCUUAGGGGAAGUUACUAUAUCACUGUACUGUAUGGCAAGCCAGUUACAAAUGGAGACUCAAUCCGGACACUUAUUGCCUUUUUGAACUUUUCACUUCCACACAAACAAAAAUAAUAAGUUGGUGAACAUGUCAGUUGCCAAGGGGUGUGCCCGAGGUUUAUGACAUUGUUCUGCUAAUAUACAGUCAACAACAACAACAACAACAACAACAACAACAACAAUAACAACAAUAAUACCAAAACCAUUCAGCCUGAUUGGCUCACAACAACCUUGACUGAAGUAACAGACGUGGUUAGAUAUGUUUGAAAAAUGGUUUCAAAUUUGAAUUGAAAUUGGAAGUACUUGUGCUCAGUUGUGUCUUAUGGGACAAUAUUUGAAGCUAUUUUUUUCAGCUACAAUUUUGCCCAGGUCUGGCAGGCGGUCGGUCAGCAAUGGUUAAAGUGCCACUGCUUGGCGUGUUUUGUAGUCGCUCAUGAGGCUGAUUCAAGAAAGAGUCCUCACAGGUUUUUACAUUUAACAUGAUAGGUGCAAGCUGUGCAACUUUACAUUCGAACAAAGAGACUCUGUGGCAUUUUAACAGUCAAGGAAAUGAGUGAAAAUCCACGCCAGUAAAACUAUUCCUUAUUAUUUUUAUUUCUGAUUACAUUAAUCCUAUACAGUCAACUAUUAAGCUGAUAGUGUUAAACUGUGUGCUACUCUUGUCCAAUGAAAGCUAAGUGGAACCAUAAAGCUCUUCUUCAGCAAAUCAGGGUAAUAUCGUUCUUCUAUCUGACAUAUGUGAUGACAUAUAAAAUCUAAAGAAAAUAUAUUUAUGUAUUCCAAUUAUUGUCGCCAUUCUUUACUCUGUACAAAAUACUUUGUGUGUGUGUGUGUGUGUGUGUGUGUGUGUGUGUGUGUGUGUGUGUGUGUGUGUGUGUGUGUUAUGAAUUAUCAAUGUCAAUCAAUAUAGUGCAAUGCUCUCUACACAAACUGAAAAAAAAGGCCAACAGACUUGUCACAAGAAUUCACAAAGUUUCUCCAGAUUGGUAUUCAAACAUACACCACCUACAACAUUUUCCUCUCACAAAGGAUUUGAUUUCACAUGGUGCUGUUUACUUUUCAUUAUCCUGGAAAUCAUCAAAGAUUUUAAAUGGCAUCUGUAUUUAAGAUCUACUCACAAACACAACAGACUUCCCCCCCUCCCCCCGAUCAUUUUCAUUGAUUCGAACUGUCCCUGUUGGACCAAACAGAGGAAGAUUCUCACUCUGAACAACAACAGAAUGGAGAUUUCUGUGUUUUUGAGCUGUAUGAUCGCUAUUGUUAAGCAUACCAUUAUUAUUUAUUUUGUAAAAGUCAGACUCCUGGAUUUGAUACCACUGCCCAAAGUCACAGAGGAUUUGUAUUCCAUCUGAGAGGUACAACUUAUUGACAAUAAAUGCACACUUGUUUUGUAGACUUAAAAAGCAAGUGGGAUUUCCUUGUAAUGUUGUUAACAUGUUGGUAUUUAUUCAACUUGUGUAUUCAACAACGAUCUCCAGUAUUUGGUAACGCUUUAUUUAAUUUUUGUUUAUUUUAGUUUCCUUGAAAGAGCUACAGUAUGCCAUUUGGUAAUAGGGACAUUACUAAUUAUUAAUACAAUUAUAAUUAAUCAAUUCUAGUUUCAGCAAAACAUGUUUUUAGAGCUCAAAACUAAACUGUUUUGGUUUCAUCAGCGUAGUUUCUAGCCCCAGCUGUAAAGCUCUAAAAACCUACUGGUCUACCUGCUCAGCACCAAACAGCAGACAUUUAGCAGCUACAUAUUCAGACAUUUCCCUCAGGAGUUAGUAGAGACCAAAGCAGAGCUAUAAGAGAGUAAAUACUGGACUUAAUGUUGACCAAGUGGCCUGAAACACGACUCCAAAUGAAAUGUACUCCUUGCUAACAUGUUUAGAAGUGAAAAUACAUAACAUAGUUGUUUCCAAGAAACUUCUAAGGAUGUUAUCAGGAAAUUACAGAUCUGUAAGAUGAGCGUUACCAAAUAUAUUUGUCUCAAUACAUUUUCUUUUAAACAAACUAAAAACGACCUCCCGCUGGCUGUGAUGUCAGAUCUCAGAGUCUGGCUUCUUGUUCGGACCCAUGUGGGCUGCUUGUAAAAUCACCUUAUAUUCAGAGGUUGUAUGCUUACUGCUCCACAGGUUUCCCUGUGUAAAGAUACAUCCAGAAAUGUACUCAACAGUGGGAAUGAUGUUUCUGCAUGCCGAGUCCCCGCAUAGCACUGAGAGAAGUGACGUCUGGAGUUCUCCAUCGUCACAAAGUUCACUCACUGCACUCAGUCGAAUGAUUUCAUACUUGCUGCUAUUGAAUGAGCACAAAGAGACUUAAGUUUUUGGUUUAAGGUGUCCAUGACAUGAUAACCGUAUGUUAUUACCACACACCCUAUUUGUUUUGCACCUUUUUUCCUUCGACAGUCAACAGACCAAUAGUGUUACUCACCUUGCACUUGGUUUUUGAAUAUGAUGCCUGCUGAACCAGGUGCCUUUAUCAAAUAUAUUAGAACACAAAUCCCUACAGAAACAAGGGGCUGGGUUUCCCAAAACCUAAACUUGAAGUAUGUAAUUUUAACCCCCAAAUCAAAACAUUUUGUAUAAAAAUCAGCCUUUAUCAGCAGAUAAGCUGUUUGUCAUGUCUGCAUUCCCUUUUAAAAAUAUAACUGAGCAUAAGUGUAAACUACUUUAAUGUUUUGGGAAACCUGGUUCCGAUCUUAACUCUUUCUCUGCCCACUAUGCCACAUCAUUGUGUUUUCUGUAAUGGCUGCUGCUGCUAUCACCGCUGGUGUGUCCGAAUAGAGAAGAGCAAACUUCCACUGUGUCUGAGGCAGAGGGAGACUUGGGCCUGCUUUUUACCUAGUCAAUUACAAUGCAUUCUUCUUCUGUGGUUUUGACAUGGAGCACCGUGUUGCUGCCUCUUGAGACCUUUUUCGAGAAAAACUAAACAAAAAAAUGCAUAAAAAAGAACUUUCCGUUUCUUAACUUUGCUAUUUUGAAGUGCCAGACCCUCCUUGAAGCCAGUGUUGACACUGAGUCGCAGGGUGUGAAUGAAGCGACAAACUGAGCAUGGAGGUACACUGUGGUGCUAAUCUGUCAGUGGCUGGGUGCUAACGUGGCUGAGUUAAAAAGCUGUUUUAGCCAUAUUAUUCCUUCUGUCGAUGACUGGUCAGUCUUGUGUUUCUGACUGCUGCACUGCUGUAUGCUGACAUAGCGAGGUAUAACGCUGCUGCUUUGCUGAUGAAUGUAGACUAGUCUUCCUCGGCAGGAUCAUACAGACAGACGUGAGUGUCUGGUGGAGCUUUUCCUGUUGUGCUACUUCCUGUUAGACUUUUGUUUGGAACACAGGGGGAGACUCUUGGCGUCAGGAUCCAGAAGGAUCAUGAAUGUUGUAUCUUUAUAUGGCCGCUGUCCUGCUUCUAUGUCUAAACCUAUUUUUUACAUUAAUAUUUUGCUUUGAUAUUUAUGCUCUGACUCUGUCAAAUGUUGCAUGUUUGAAAUUUGUUUUUUUCCUAAAUUAUAUUUUAUUGCCUUUCCCCCCCCUGAUCCCAGUGUUUGUACCAUUUCUUUGAUAUUUAUUUGUUUUGUCCUGUAAAUUAACAUGUAAGGAGACAAUUUGUUGAAUCUAGACUUUAUAGCUUUUCCACUGAAGGAGGCUUUACUAAGAAUCACAGACCUAACAUGAGGUUCACAACGUGAAUCAAAGUCACAAUGAAACUGACCUUUUUACAUCAUUCCCAUGUCAUUUUAUACAACUGUAUAACUACAUCAUAAUUACGAAAUUAAUGUUCUUGUAUUUUAAAAUACAAAUAUUAUUAAAUGUACUUAUAAUAUAUUACCUCAUUAUAUACUAUCAAUGAGAUUCUUCUAAGACCCUGCUACUGCAACUGGGAGACCUAAAUGGUCAUAAAGACGAUCAAUAAUUAAUCAUUAAUAAGGCAGUAAAGAGUGCAUCAGUGAAUAGAUCAGAUUGCAAAACAAUUUAGUUUGACAGUAGAAAGAGAUUUUAGAAAUAUAAUAAAUCAGUUCAAAAAUGUAUAUAAUGCCGGACUCUUUCUUGGCACGGGGCAGUGACUUCCUGGAGUCCUGUUGUGUCUGUGUUUCACUCAUGAACAAGAGAUUUAAUAAUUUCCUUCAAUGUUUGUGUGGACGCAGAGACUUUCACCAGAUUUGCCCCUACAACAAAACUUACAUUAAAUCAUCAGAAUAUUUUCAUAGGUAUAAUUGCAUAAAAAUACCACACAUAGUGGCAUCAGUCACAGCCUUCCUGUCCUUCAGUAUACUAUGACUUUAUACUUUCUUUACAUUAUCUUCUGCCCUAAGAUGCAGUUUCAUUUUGGCUUUGAGAAAUCGCUGUCUGUGAAGCCCGUAAAGAGUUCUGUUAUUGAAGGUUUGAAGCAAUCAGACGGGGCGGUAGAGCCCUAAACCAGACUCAUCGAGUUAGCAAAGAGAACCUCUCCUUGACUCAACUCUUCUUUUGUCAUGACUUUGGACCGAGGUUCGAGUGCUCCACAGGUUACGAGUCGGCUCGCCUGCUCUCUCUAACUUUGGUGGGGAAAUUUGAACAUUUGAUCAGUUUUCUGGGAAAACUUUAUCACUGCGCCAGAGAUGUUUCGCCCCCUUCUGGGUGCUUCUUUUUUUCAGAAGGGCUUUGGUUCGCAGUUGUCUCGUCAGGGAGCUCCUUAGAUUAGCCAGGGGCCACUAAAGGCUGGUGGGCAGAGACCCCUCAACCUCCCCUGCAAUUAAUUAUUUCGGGGGAGGUGGGGGGGGGGGGGGGGGGGGGGGGGGGCGGGAGUCAUUUCCUCUUCUGCAGACUGAUCUUAUUGAAGCAAACGACAACAACCCACCGUCAAUAAUAAUAAAAAACAAAACCUUCUUUCCAUAUCUUCACAUGUCAUCAUCCAACACUGCAGUGAUUCACAUCUCCUUCCAGAUUUGCCAAAAUGAAUGGAGCGAGAGACGUCUAAUAAGCAGAAAAUGUGAAAGCAUAUGUUCUGUAUCUUUCUUUUCCAAUUUUGAUAAUAAAGACAGACAGUACGAUGAUUUUAUAGGAAAUCCAUACAAGUCCAAACAUGUAGAGGAUGUGGGAGGUAUUGGUCAUCAUGAGCUCUAGAGCUACAUGCUAUUGUUAUGAUGCUUCUGGUCUUGUAUGGUAACUUAUUUGACUAGAUCAACAGCAUGGGAUCUUUCUGUAGUUAGUCCUGUGUGUGUUCCUCUCCCCAGUCUCAGUAGGAAGGCUGUACUUCAUUGCUAAGUGCUCUAUAAUAGAUCUCUUGGUGAUUACAAUUUCAUAAAGAAGCAAAACUUGCAGAAAGUGUAUCCUGCUGAAACUAACUUGAUCCUCUCUUUAGCAAUGACGUCUAUAUUUGUAGUUCACAUAUAUGCCUGUUCAAAUACAAUAUCUUGACAGUUGUUAUAUUUAUGUUGUGUAAUAAGUGUCGUGCUGAGUUUUUACUUUUGUUUUAUCUAACUUUUUGUUUUUGUUUUACAUUGUAUUUUUCUUUUAAUUUUUAGAGGCACAGUGGGUGGCUUUAUGCACAGUCAUGGAAAUGUAAAAGAUGUUUUUGUUUUUUUGGUUUGUACUGUAACAACUCAUUCUGUUUCAGAGCUUCUGACAGUUUUUGUCUCUGGCUGCUUGACAUCCUGCAGACUCCUGCCCUAAAUCUCUUGUGUUAUUGUGCCUCUCUCUUUUUCUUUCUUAUUUUUUAAAUCAUUCUUUCUCUGUUGUAUCAGCCGGGAGUUGAUACCACAGCUCUGCUUGUAACCACAAUAGUCUGAUUAUGUUCAUUGAUUUAAAUAUCAAAAUAAUAAAACCAUUAGCACACCA